UAAAAAGCUAUAAAAGAGGUAUUUUUAAGGGAUUUAAGAGAGAAAUAUGAUAGAAAAUAAGCCUAAGAAUAAGGGAGAAUCAAGUGAAAUGGAUAAUGAAGAGUCAUAUAUUUUUUCUUUGCGACCAUCUAAAGAAAACAAUAGGAGUGAAUAUCAGUUAAAAGAUCUUAUGGAUGAUAAUUGUGUGGAUAUUAGAAGAUCGUGUUCAAAUAUUAGUAUAAGAUGUCCGUCAUUUUAUUAUUUUCAUAAAGAAUUACAACAAAAACCAAUAAAGAUAUAUGAUGAUAAUGAUAGUUUUAUAUCGGAUACGAAAAUCAAGAAUAUUCUUGAUAAUAUGGCGGGAAAUAGGGAUUCAAUGCUUUUUCAUUCAUUAACAACAUCAAGUAGAUCAGUAACAGAGAAUGAUAUAAAAACGAAGUGUAAAAAGUCUAAAAUGCAGACAAGCCACCCAUUUCAUGGGUUAGGGGGGUUGUCAUUUCAUGAAAAUAUGUUUUUUCAAAAAUGGAAUGCUUUAAAAUCUAGUAUAAAAUUGAAGAAUUUUAAAAAAAAAGAAAAGAAAGAUAUUCAUAAGCCAGUUAAACUUCUUUCUCAACUAGAAGUUGGUGUUCCUACUGUGCUUAUGUUUGCAUCAGUCUUUCAAAGAGAUGAUAAUGGUAGACGAAGGGUGCCUAUUCUUUUAGAUCAAUUAAAAAUUGAUGUUCUUGAGUCGAAAAACACGAAAUCCAGGUCUCAUGCAUUGUUUCAGAUAAAACUUAAAUAUGGCGAUGGAGAAAAUGCAGUAGAAUGGUCUGUAUACAAAGAAUGGAGGGACUUUCUUAAUCUACAUGCGAGAUAUCGAGUUUCAGAAACAAUGAAUAGCCAAUUUAAAAAAGCACAAGGAUUACCAGCAUUUCCAAAAUCCAGUGCUCCAUAUCUUCGAAGUAUAAGGGGAUUUACCUCUGAUGAUAGUGAUACUUGUAGCAAAAAAUCAAUUAAAUCUUCUAAACAAGAUAAAUUUACAGAAACAAAUUGCGAAAUAUCUGGUGUUAAUAAAAAGGCAAAUUUUGCGAAAAAUCAUAGUUUUUCUGGCAUGCAAAGAAGAAAACUUGAAGAAUAUUUAAGAAAAAUGGCACAUUUGUUUAUUUUUAGAUUAGAAGGGAUUAGACUCUGUUCAUUUUUAGAACUUAGUGCUUUAGGAAUAAAAUUGGGAAAAUAUGAGAAAUAUCAUGGAAAAGAAGGGUUAUUAGCAGUUGUUAACUCAAAAGGCUCUACACGUAAAAUGACAUGUAAUCCUAUUGAAGUAAGAGACCGUUCACUUCCAAAAUGGUAUCUUGUAAGAGAAUCAUAUAUCGUAUGUGUCAAUGAUAUAAGUUCUACUAAAAUUUAUGAUGUAUUUCUUAUGGAUGAUGGUUUUGAAAUUGCUAGAAAACAUUUUUCUAAAGAAAUAUCAUCUUAUUCAUCUAAAGUUAAAAGAGAUAAUUUGAACAAGUAUCAACCGAAGCGCCAUACUUUUAAAAUUAAAAAUUGUGAAAGACAAGUUAAGUUGUUAGCUAAAAAUGAAAUAACAGUGCAACAAUUCAUGGAAAACAUUAAGGAUAUGAGUAAGGCUACUAUAUGGACUACAUUUAAACGGUUUAAUAGUUUCUCACCUGUUAGGACUAAUGUUGCAGCUCAGUGGAUUAUCGAUGCAAGAGACUAUUUUUGGAAUGUAAGCAGAGCAAUUUUAAAUGCCAAAGAAACAAUUUAUAUACACGAUUGGUGGCUUAGUCCUGAAUUGUAUCUUCGUCGUCCAGCAUGCGUCUCAGAGGAUUGGAGAUUGGAUAGACUUUUAAAAAAAAAAGCAGAUGAAGGUGUUCAAAUCUAUAUUAUUAUAUAUAGAAAUGUCGGAACAACUGUUCCUAUUGAUUCUGCUUACACAAAAUAUUCCUUACUUAGCCUUUCUCCGAAUAUUUAUGUUCAAAGAUCGCCAUCUCAUUUACGACAAAGUAUUUUUUUUUGGGCACAUCAUGAAAAAAUCAUAUGUAUAGAUGAAAAAAUUAGCUUUAUAGGUGGGAUUGAUCUUUGUUUUGGACGUUGGGAUUCUUAUGAACAUGUUUUAUAUGAUGAUAAACCCAGUGGAUGGGAUGAAAAGCAUAAUCCAAUUCCUCAAAUUCCGGAAGAACCGCUUAUUUGGCCGGGUAAAGAUUAUUCUAAUCCAAGAAUCCAUGAUUUUUUUACACUCGAUAAGCCUUAUGAGGAUAUGUAUAAUCGUACAUUAGUUCCAAGAAUGGCAUGGCACGAUAUUUCCAUGCAAAUUGUAGGACAACCUUCAAGAGAUAUUGCUAGGCAUUUUGUACAAAGAUGGAAUUAUCAUUUAAGAAAUAAAAGUCCAAGAAAAUCUAUACCAUUUUUGGUUCCUCCACCUGAUUUUACUCAAGAGCAACUUGAAAAAAAUGGGUUCCUUGGAACCAAUGAAUUACAAGUAUUGCGUUCUGCUGGACCAUGGUCUAUUGGUACUCCAAUGAAAAUUGAACAUAGUAUUCUCAAUGCAUAUGUUAAAUGCAUAGAAACUAGUGAACAUUUUAUUUAUAUUGAAAAUCAAUUUUUUAUAACAUCAUCUGAAUGCGAAGGAGCUAUUAUUGAAAACAGUAUUGGAGAUGCUUUAGUAAAACGAAUCAUAAAAGCAUAUAAAAACAAUGAAAAAUGGAGAGCUAUAAUAAUUUUACCAUUACUUCCAGGAUUUCAAAAUGAUGUUGAUUCACAAGAAGGAACAAGCUUGCGUUUAAUAAUGCAUUGUCAAUAUCGUUCUAUAUGUCGUUGUAAAUAUUCUAUAUUUAAAAGACUUGAAGCUGCUGGAAUUGAUCCUAUAAAAUAUAUUCGGAUAUAUAGUCUUAGAAAUUGGGCUAAACUUAAGGAAAACGGGAGACUCGUUAGCGAAAUGGUUUAUGUUCAUGCAAAGUGUAUGAUUGUUGAUGAUCGGAUCUGUAUAAUUGGAUCAGCAAAUAUUAAUGAAAGGUCAAUGCGUGGAAAUCGUGAUUCAGAGAUCGCAGCAAUAGUAAGAGAUACUGAAAUGCAAUUGUCUACUAUGGCUGGGAAAUCAUACAUGGUCGGAAGAUUCUCGUAUACAUUAAGAGUAAGAUUAAUGACAGAGCAUCUUGGAAUUAAUUGCGAUGAAAUGGAAAAAAUGGACUGUUUCAUGGAUGGUCUAUCUAAAGAUUGUAAAUGGAAAGAUAUUAAAACUUGGGAUUGUGAUAGUUUACCUACGCAGGAAAAUUUAAAUGAUGAAGAAAAAUUAAUAAAGGAUGAUUUUUCAAGAGAAAACCGACAAUUAAAUGAAUUAUAUAAUAAAUAUAUGUUUUCUUUUCAGGAAAAAGAUUAUCAAUAUGCUUUAAACGAAAAAAAAGAAAUUUUGUAUCAAAUUAAUUCUAAUAUACCUCGAUAUAAAGAGUUUAAGAACGUACCAGAAUUUUCAGAAAUAUCAUUUGGAAGACGUAAAGUUACCACUACAACAACUCAUUUAAUUUUUGGCCUUGAUGUCCGAAAAAUUCUUUCGGGUUCCAAUUGCUUUAAUACGAAUCCUUUAAAUCAAGAUUCUAUAAAAUUAGAAAUUUAUGAAGAAUCUGAUAUAGAAAAACAAAAAAUUUCUGAUCACACUGAAAAUUUAGAUAAAUCAGAAACAGAUUCAGAUAAACUUAAUAAAGAUAACGAUUUAUAUGAUUUUGAGAAAACAAAUGAUUCUACUAAAAAGAAAUUUGAAUCUAAAAUAUCAUCAGAGAAUUGGCAAAAAAUUAAAAUAGAUCCUUUAAUAUUUUCAGAUCCCUUAGCAGAUAGUUUCUUCGAAGAUAUCUGGGAUAAAAUUGCCCAGAGAAAUACUGAAAUUUAUCGUCAAGUUUUUCGAUGUAUGCCUGAUAAUAAAGUACGCACAUGGAAAGAGUAUUAUCGUUAUAAAAGAUAUAGUGAAAAAUUUAUGCAAAGAUAUGAAUCAAAAAAAAUAAAUACUGGUUCAACUCAAGAAAUUUCUGAAACAUUACCACCUUAUUAUCAAGAACCAUAUCCAUCUUUUAGUGACACUAGUGAUUCAAUUGACAAUAUUAAAUCUCUUACUAUGACAAUAUCAAAAUCUACCGGUGAUUUAUCAAAAGAAAUUAAUGAAACAAAUCUUGUUUCUUCUUAUCCUUCUACUUUUUCCAACAAAAAACCUUCAAAAAAUUCUGAUGAAAUAUUUCUUGAACCACAAGAAAUAUUAGAAGAAAAAUUAUUAAAAAUUCAAGGUCACUUAGUUAUCUGGCCUACCGAUUGGCUUAUAGAAGAAUAUAAUCAUGGCAAUUGGCUUUCUACUUUGGAUCAUAUUCCUCCUAUUGAUAUAUACACUUAAUUCAUAUUAUCUUCAUUUGCAACUACUUAUAUCCCACUGCAUU